UCUAGCGUAUCCUUACGCCACGGAAUAAAAACCCCUCUGUAUAUCUUUCAAGUUUCCCCUUCCUUUUCCCCGCUGGUCCAUUUCCCUCGCAACGACUUCACCUCUUCUCGGUAUCGAUACUCAGUUGUCAACAUGGGAAACAAAUUUGGAGCCAUUUUUAUUGUACUUCUGGCAACUUUUCUUUCGUUCCAUACAAGCUUUUCUGCGUUGAGUGACGGAGUGAUUAGAGUUGGACUGAAGAAGAGGAAGCUUGAUCAAAUAAUCAGGGUUGGUAGGCAAAUUGACACUAGGGAAGGACUUUCUGGUGCUUCAAGAAAGCCUCGUCAUUGCGGUAACAUGGGAGACUCUGAAGCUGAUAUUAUUACACUAAAGAACUAUAUGAAUGCCCAGUACUUCGGAGAAAUUGGCAUUGGCACUCCAUCACAAAAAUUCAGUGUCAUAUUUGAUACUGGAAGUUCUAAUCUUUGGGUGCCCUCUGCUAAGUGUUAUUUCUCUGUUGCUUGCUAUUUCCAUUCCAAGUAUAAGUCAAGCCACUCAAGCACCUAUAAGAAGAAUGGGAAAUCUGCUGAAAUUCAUUAUGGAACCGGAUCUAUUUCAGGUUUCUUUAGCCAGGACCAUGUCGAAAUUGGUGAUCUCGUUGUAAAGAACCAGGAUUUUAUUGAAGCAACUAAAGAGCCUAGUAUCACAUUCUUGGCUGCUAAGUUCGAUGGCAUACUCGGACUUGGUUUUCAAGAGAUUUCAGUUGGUAAAGCCGUGCCUCUCUGGUACAACAUGGUCAAUCAAGGUCUUGUCAUGGAACCAGUUUUUUCAUUUUGGUUUAAUCGCAAUGCCAGAGAGAAAGAAGGGGGUGAAAUUGUUUUUGGUGGGGUGGAUCCUAAUCAUUUUAAGGGUGAGCACAUUUAUGUUCCUGUGACUCAGAAAGGCUACUGGCAGUUUGAUUUGGGUGAUAUCCUAAUUGGCGAGGAAACAACUGGUUUCUGUGCUGGUGGUUGUUCAGCAAUUGCUGACUCUGGGACUUCUUUGUUAGCAGGACCGACUACCAUAAUUACUCAAAUUAACCACGCCAUUGGAGCUUCUGGAGUUAUAAGCGAGGAAUGCAAGGCAGUGGUUGCUGAAUAUGGCAAAACCAUACUGGAAAUGCUGUUGGCAGAGGCAGAACCCCAAAAGAUCUGCUCUCAAAUUGGUUUGUGCUACUUUGAUGGUUCUCGAGAUGUCAGCAUGGGCAUUGAGAGUGUGCUAGACAAGAACAGUGAUGAGACACCUAGUUCUCAUGGUAGUGCUAUGUGUACUGCAUGCCAAAUGAUGAUUGUAUGGGUGCAAAAUCAACUUAAGCGAAACCAGACAGAAGAACAAAUCUUGGAGUACAUUAAUCAGCUUUGCGAUCGAUUACCAAGUCCAAUGGGAGAAUCAGCAGUUGACUGUAGUACUCUGCCUUCCAUGCCCAGCAUUUCAUUUACUAUUGGUGGUAAAGUGUUCGAUCUCGCCCCAGAGCAGUACAUCCUCCAAGUUGGCAUGGGAGAUUCAGCACAAUGUAUCAGCGGAUUUACAGCUCUAGAUGUGGCCCCACCUCGCGGACCUCUCUGGAUUCUUGGAGAUGUUUUCAUGGGACAGUAUCAUACAGUGUUCAACUACGGGAAUAUGACAGUUGGAUUUGCAGAAGCAGCUUGAAAGGAUGCCUUGUUCGCUCUCAAGUUUGCAUGUCCACUCUAUCAGCAGCUGUGAAAAGCUCUUCAUCUGUGUGGUUAUAUUAUUAGGUCUCUGUCCAAGUGAUACCUUACUCUCUGACUGCUAUAUUUGCAUCUGUAAAUAUUCCCAUACAUGACUGCUGUAGCUUUCUUGUAUCCCUAUGAGGCAAGCCAAUAAUUUCUGAACAAAAAUAUCCAUAAGGAUUAUGUAAACUUGACAUCUGUAUUUAUUUAAAAAAGUUUAGGACUUCAA